AUGCCGCAUUCUCAGGAAUGGGCUAAACCUUUUGAAUGCUCAGAGUGUGGAAAGAGAUUCAGAGACAGUAGCGCUCUUCAAAACCAUAGAAGAAUCCACACUGGGGAGAAACCUUUUGAAUGCUCCGAGUGUGGAAAGAGAUUCAGACAGAGUAGCCAACUUCAACUGCAUCAGAGAACUCACACAAAGGAGAAACCUUUUGAAUGCUCAGAGUGUGGAAAGAGAUUCAGUCGGAGUAGCUCCCUUCAAACGCAUUUAAGAACCCACACUGGGGAGAAACCUUUUGAAUGCUCAGAGUGUGAGAAGAGAUUCAGUCACAGUACCUCUCUUCAAACGCAUUUAAGAACCCACACUGGGGAGAAACCUUUUGAAUGCUCAGAGUGUGGAAAGAGAUUCAGUCACAGUAGCCAUCUUCAAACGCAUUUAAGAACCCACACUGGGGAGAAACCUUUUGAAUGCUUAGAAUGUGGAAAGAGAUUCAGUGACAGUAGCCCUCUUCAAAUGCAUUUCAGAACCCACACUGGGGAGAAACCUUUUGAAUGCUCGGAGUGUGGAAAGAGAUUCAGUCAGAGUAGCCAUCUUCAACUGCAUCAAAGAACCCACACAAAGGAGAGACCUUUUGAAUGUUCAGAGUGUGGAAAGAGAUUCAGUCACAGUCGCUCUCUUCAAACUCAUUUAAGAACCCACACUGGGGAGAAACCUUUUGUAUGCUCAGAGUGUGGAAAGAGAUUCAAGUGUGGAAAGAGAUUCAGUCGGAGUAGCUAUCUUCAAACGCAUUUAAGAACCCACACUGGGGAGAAACCUUUUGAAUGCUCAGAGUGCGGGAAGAGAUUCAGUCAGAGUAGCUAUCUUCAAACGCAUUUAAGAACCCACACUGGGGAGAAACCUUUUGAAUGCUCAGAGUGUGGAAAGAGAUUCAGUCAGGGUAGCCAUCUUCAACUGCAUCACAGAACUCACACAAAGGAGAGACCUUUUGCAUGCUCUGAGUGUGGAAAGAGAUUUAGUUGCAGUGUUUUGUAG